CAUUCUGGGUAGGAGUUUCACUCGAACUCGUGCUCUUCUUGCACGUUUGUGCGGGCCAGUUUCUCUGUCGUUGGCGGAGGGUCACAGCGCACGACAUUACCUCAUACAGCAGUGUGAUUCAGGCGAAGCAAGUUAUUAUCAGCAGUUAGUUUCUGUCUCGGUCCCUUGGCCUUGUUGGAUGCGUGUGGGGUCAAUUGCAGCCAGUGUUGCACCGCUAGCUAUGCAUGCCGAGGAUAACCUCGAAGUGGUCUUCUGGAGAAAGUAACGAAGGUAGUUGUAGACGCAGCCGUCCUCGAGUCACCGAUGCGCUUUUUUGAUGCUGUCUCAAGAUAAGUGACUGGUGCUGGAAGAGCGGACGAGGAGGCCGGGUAUUCUGUUGGUUUCCGCGUCCGUGAAGAGAAUCAAUGAAUGGAGGGUGACGGCCACUCGCACAGGUAUCGGUGCCCAUACCUGUGACUCGGAUGGAGUUGGUACGUUCCGACUGAGCUCUCUACCGAUACGAAUCUACAAGCGCUGACUGCAGGCCGUCCGGUUCAUCUCCGCUGUUCUGGCCAGCAACGGUUCCGACUCGCAUCAGCACGCCACGUGCUUCUGUUGUUGAACUGUGGAGUGUGGGCCAAGCGACCUCACUGUCCUCAGGCACCAUGCCCUUUUUCAAGAAGAAAAGCUCGCCUACGCAGCCUAAAGAUGAGCAGCUCUCAGCGGAUGCGGCAAGUCAGCUCCCCACCAGUCCGGAAUCACCCAGGACAAGGAUGGUUCACCAUAUAGAGUACCUCCUGUCUGAUCACAGAAAUGGUGGCAGCAACAGCAGCAUUGGCAACAGCGCAGAGAAGGACAAGAAAUCAGGGAAGGCCGCACGUGGCAAAAAAGGAGAACAGCGAGGACAGGUGAAGUUGCGACUGAGUCGAUUCUCUCAGCCGUCGGCGUCAUCGGCCGCUGCCAACGAGGAGGUGUCGCCGACUGUGUCGCGACUAGGCCAGCACUUGCGCCAGAGCGUGCCGCCCGUCAUCGCGUGCGGCGUGGGCUGCGGUGGCCGAGCAUGCAAGUACGAGAGUGCGGCGGCGUGGCCGGAGGACGCUCAGGCGCUCAAAGGAAUCUUUUCCCACUGGGUAACUGAUGAUAUCCUCGCUAUGGCUAGGCCUAACACCCUUCAGAUCAAGGAGCACAAACUGUAUGAACAGUUUCAAAGGAACGGCAUAAAGUCCCUGCUGAACCUGCAGGAGACCGGGGAGCAUGAGCAUUGUGGAUUCGGGUUGACCAGCUGUGGACUGUCGUACUUUCCGCAGGAUUUCAUGGACGCUGGCAUACUGUGCUACCAAUAUGGAUGGAAAGAUUUUGGCACGCCGAACAUGAAGACUCUCUUCAACAUGGUCUACGUCAUUGACUUUGCGUUACAGACUGGAAAGAUUGCUGUCCAUUGUCACGCUGGCCUAGGUCGAACGGGCAUGGUCAUAGCCUGCUAUCUCAUCUACGGCAAAUGUAUGGGGAUAAACGAAGCCAUUAAGCUGGUGCGUCAUCGCCGUCCUGGGUCCAUCCAGAACCAAGAUCAACUGGACAUUGUGUAUGCAUUCGGAAAAUGCAUUAACGAAACUAGAACAAUCUUCACAAGAUGGGAUACUGUGAGUGCUGAAGGCUUCAGUGCAGAGGAGCAUCUGAAGCACGAGCGCUUCCUGCAGCAUGGCCUGGAGAGGCGGCAAAAGCAGCUCGUCCCAAGGAUCCUGACUAAAUUAAUCCAGCUCCUCCUGGAUCCUAUCAAGCGGAAUGUUGGUGAUGAACUGCAAGCCCCUAGUACGGUGCCCGCCAGCCCACUUCCUCGUUCUCCCCCAAUAUCGAGUUCACUGCUCACACCGCAACCAAAGGCUAGACGUCGCUCAGGCUCUCUUAGUGGACCGAACAUACCUAAAGCAGCGCAGUGCGUUUCUCGGUGCAUAAGCCAAUCGGCGGCUGGCAGGAGGUCACCCAGUUUUUCACCUGGUGCACACGGACAGCGGCCUGCAUCAAGGCUGAGUAGCUCCGGCCGAGCGGCAUCACCCAAGUCGCCAAUCCUCCUGCCAGGGUUGCUAGUGGGACCCCCUCUCCCCAGAGGGUCGCCAGGGGCAUCCCCGCUCCCUGGAGCAUCGCCAGCCGGAUCCCCGCUCCCUGGAACGUCGCUACCAGCAUCCCCGCUCCCCAAAUUGUCGGCUGCCACCUCACCACGUGUACUGCUUUUGUCCGGUCCGCAAACACCACCCCCAGCGAUUGAGCUUGGUCCAAACCGUCCUGAUCCCAAUCGCGUCGCGACCUCCCCAAGCAGGUCGGGGAAGUCCCCGACCGAGGCGGGACAGUCCCCGAGGGUUCGCUCACCAUCACCGUCCAACCGGGCCAGUGGAUCAUCCACACCAAUCAAGCAACGCGGUCCACUCUCGCCGACGAUAAUCAAAGGCACUACGGACAAACGGCCUAGUCCACUGGCACUGCACGAUGACUUAACUGGAUCUGCUGACAAGGAAGCUGCGAGGCUCGCUCGUCCGAAAUCCUGGACUGCUACUCAGAUGUUGAAUAUCAUGGUGGGAAGUACCUUUUCAAAAGGUACAAUGACUUCCGAAAAGCUGCAGGCUAUAAUGGUCUCGGUGAAUGAGAAUCGCACGUGGAAGCUCCUGGAGCAGGAAUCCAAUCCCAUCAUCAUAUGGCGACUGAUGGUCAUCUGGCUGGAGUCUCUGCAGGACGCACCGCUCGCCGCGUUGCGGACAACGCCGUUUCCCGUUGAGGAGUAUUCCGCGUGCCAGAUAGGCGUUUGCGAUAAGCUGGUGGAACUGUGCGGAGAGGUGAAUGUUGCCGUGGUGACGUGUGUCAUCGACUUUCUAGUCAAGGUCACACGGCUAUCAAAGCACUUGGAUAAGAAGCAAAAACAGGAUAAGAUACUGUUGGCUCUGACGAGUUUCUUCGUCCACGGCACCAAUUCGCUAGAGAUGUUUGGACACACGAAGAGAUCAGCUUGCUACAUGUACGGUCUAGUGAUCCUUCACGAGUCCACGGAUGCAGUCCGGGAGGUGGUGAGGCUACUGUACAAAGAGCGUUCCGCCAUGGAGGUCCCGGAUGACCCAACCGCGGACGUCGGCUUAGAGACCUACUUCACACCGGUGCCAUACAAAGAAGCCUGAAUACGCAAUGCGUUGGUCUAGUGGCUAUCUAUUGUUCAGAAUGUGUUUGAGAAUGCCCAACAGCUGCUCGUGAAUUUUCUAGACUCCUACUACCUACCCCUUUCUGGCAGCCAGGCAGAAAACCACACCGUAUUGGGCGCUUGAUGGCAGCGUCCUUGUCAUUCUGGGUUCAUUUGGCAGAUUUUUUCUUCCAUCUAAAAAUAAAAACAAACCGUACCAGCAGCUUGUUGCCAGCACAGCAAUUUUAGAGUAUCAGGUAAUGUUCUGUCAUUGCAGCAUCAUAUCUGGUGGUAGCUAGUUGUAAAGGACUAAUAUCUAUAAUUAUAAUUAUAUUUAGCGACAAACAUUGACAGUCACUAUGCCCGGACACAUAACAGCCUCUAUUCAUUUUUCACGACAGACUUAUAAUAUUUUUCAACAUCCUGAGCAUUGUAAAACGCAUUGGUGAUCAUUAUUCCAUGCGAAUAUACUAUGUUUUGAAAGAGUUUGCAGGGAAUAUUGCCCGCAAUAUUGAA